CGAGGUGUGCGCGUGCUUCAAUCGGUGCUGACACAGAGGGGCCUACCGGAGUGCCCGAGAGCCAGACACGUUCGGCUGCCAGUCGAGACGACGCCAGGAUGCCGCCGAGCGCGUGGCUGCUCCUCGGGCUGCUCGCGUUGGCGAUCGGCCAACCUGGCCUCGCCACGGAGCAGCGAUUCGCGGAGACGCCGGCACAGUACCAGGAGGUCUCACAGGGCGAGGACGUGAGACUGCGGUGUCGCGUGCAAGACAAGCGGGGUCAGUGCAUCUGGCAGAAGGACCGGAAGCCCGUGGGCAUGCAUCCGGACAAGUACGAGUGGGCCGGGGCUAGAGACGGCGACUGCUCGCUCCUCGUAAAGCGGGCAAGCCUCGACUUCGACGACGGGCUCUGGGAAUGCCAGGUGACACCCGGGGACUUUACGCGCCAGGACGCCCUCACCUCCAAUCCCGCCCGCUUGCUCGUAAGAGUGAAACCAAGGAAGCCGCAACUGGAGUACGCUGGAGCGGUGCUGACCACGAGCCUGACCCUACGCGAGGGACAGGAAGCGACGAUAUCCUGCGUGUCGAGAUACGGCAACCCACCGGCCCUCAUAAAAUGGUUCAUCGGCACCGACGAAAUCCAGCCCAUGCGAGAGCAGAGCAACGCCACGGAAGUCGACAAUCCAAAAACUUGGGCGGCCCACAGCCUCUUACGCGUCCGUGGCAGUCGAGAUAAUCACAAUAAGCCGAUAAGAUGCCUGAGCAUGCAUCCAACGAGUGCUCUACCCGAUGUCACGGAAUCACAAUUUGAUAUUCAUUAUUCACCCGAGGUUAAGCUAGAGACGAGCCCCCGGAUGCUGGUCUCGGCCCUCGAGGACUCGUCGAGCUUCAUCAGCCUGCGCUGCAUCUCGGACUCCAACCCGACGUCGAGCAUCAAGUGGUUCAAGGACAACGCCCCGAUAAUGGUCUCGAACGGCAACGUCCUGCCACUUGGCUAUAACCGCACCCUCGCCAACGGCACCCUCGUCGAGUCCGAGGUGCGCUUCGAGCCGAUAAAGCGCGAGGACGCCGGCCUUUACAGCUGCAGGGCCGUCAACGUCAUCGGCGAGAGCGCCCCCGCCAACUACCGCCUCGACGUCCAAUACGGGCCAAAGCCGAGAUCGUUGGGCGAGGGCUCGAAGGGUAAGGAGACGAGCCUCGACGUGGUCGAGGAGACGAGCUCCCUCGGCUCCAACAUCGAGCCCUUUGAGUGUCCGGACUUCGAAGCCAAUCCCCCAGCGCAGUUCCGUUGGCUCCAUCAACGUGGUGGCAGUACCGACACCAUCGUGGAUAACCGGGUAGGCGACCAGCAGCAGCAGCAUCAACAGCCGCACUCGGGGCGUCGGCUUCGUCUGGAGAACGUUGGCUGGGCUGACGAGGGGGAGUACCGCUGCGUUGCCUACAACGUGAUAAACGGUGUGCGCAGGGAGAUGCCGAGCGACCUGCGUUUCGUCCUCCACGUGAUCGGACCCCCGGAGAUCCAGGCAAGGCCCUCGGCCGAAACAGAGGACGGCAUGUACGAAUCGAUCGGUUGGGCCGGCGAACCCGUCCACAGGCUGAAGUCGCGCUUCUGCUCGAGGCCACCGCCGAGAAUCGUCGCUUGGCAGUGGGGCAGCUCGCACAUCCGUGCAGGUGAGAGCAUCAGCCCCAAGUACGAAGCGCUGCCCUUGGAGCCGAUUCUCGAAAACAAGAUGGUGACCAACUGCUACUGGGCCAAACUCGAGAUCCGGGAGCUGCAGCGCGAGGACGCGCGUCUCUAUACUCUCGUGGUGGAGAGCGAGAAGGGUCGGGAUUCGACGAAUCUACGGCUAACGGUGCGCGACCCGACGGAACUGCGAAUAAUCGCGGCCGCGGGCGCGGUCGGCCUUCUCGUCCUCCUGCUUCUCUUCUCCGUCGGCCUCUACUCGCUGGUACGCUCGCGACGCAAGCACCGUGAAUACCGUCACGAGGAGGAGGAGGGUAGCAUAUCCGCGGAGGCCUAUUACGGGGCCGCGGCACCGACCCAGCAGAACGGGACGGGUACAGGCAGCAGCGCGAUGUCGGGGAUGGGAAUGUACGGGAGGAAGCCGGUCCUCGACGCCGGCCUCGCUGUCAUGUACGACUACGAUCAGAUUGCGUGCAAAUCGAGGACGGCCAUGAGCCCUGAAGCCCUCAAGGUCCGGCGCGCCCCCGCGGUCUUUCAGCCGCCAACGAUCGUCUGAUACCAGGAGGGCAGGUUCGCCGUGUUCUACGGGGCCGAGCAGCGGCCCACUAGUCCCCUUUGCUCCGCCACGUUGGAGCGCCCCGAUUAGAGUCUACGAUUCGUCUCUCUCACACUCUCUCAC